ACACGUACGCGUGGUAAAAAAUAUUGAAAAUUUUGAAUUUUUCGUUCACGUAUAACUUAACAAAUCAAUAAUUUCUUUUAAUAGUCUAGUACAUAUAUAUAUAAUACUAAAGUCUGCAUAUAAAAUAUUAAAUAUAUAUACAUAUAUAAUACUAAAUUCUGCAUAUAAAAUAAUACGUCUUAAGGUACACGCGCGAUGAUGUCCCUUUCAAACUCCGAAUCAUUUAUCAUCGAAAUAUCGCACGUUGUGCACACAAGUACUUUGAUAAGCGCCUGAUUAAAGCAAGCGGACAGCAUAUAAAUUCGCUAUUAGUUUCUCAAUUGAUGCAAUUCUAAAUUGCCCAUGCAUUACUGAAUCACAUGUAUAUAUAUAUAUAAAUUUUCAUCAUUUUGCAAGAAUUAAAGCUUUAUCUUAUGUUACACAUAACAUGGAAAACAUUCUCUGAUUUACAUAAUUGACAUUGGCAAGUGAAAGUUAAUUAGUAUCAUUACUUUUUGAUAUUUAAUCUUUUUUUAUUAAAUGCACGAUAAGAUAAAUUCUAUUUAUAAGAAAUCCAAUGAUACACUCUGACCACUAUAGUUUUCCAAUGAAAACUGUUAUGUUCGCAUUAGGAUUGCUGCAUCGGUUUUACUCGUCCGCCAAUAUGCCACCUAAAUUAGAACUGAUUGCUGCAGCAUGUGAAAACAUGGGCAUCGGAAUAAACGGCGACUUGCCGUGGCGUUUAAAGACCGAAAUGGCGUUUUUUACGCGCAUGACAAGCGAUACGAAAGACGCAAAUAAAAAGAAUGUCGUGCUGAUGGGUCGGCGUACGUGGGAUUGCAUCCCCGACAAAUACCGACCCUUGAAAGGCCGCAUAAAUAUGGUGCUAACAUCGCAGUCACUAGAUUACGGUGACAAAGCGAUAACGUGCAAGAGCAUACCGCACGCCGUUGAAGUGAUCACGCGGAUGCAAGAUCAAGUAGAAAGAGUCUGGGUAAUAGGAGGGAGUAGCGUGUACGAGGCCGCCAUGAAAUCCCCGCACUUCGGGCGAUUGUAUCUGACACGUAUAAAGAAGAAAUUUGAAUGCGAUACGUUCUUCCCGGCAAUCCCGAGCGACUUCGUGUUGAUAGAGGAUCCCACAGUACCGCAAGGCAUACAAGAAGAGAAGGAAAUAGAAUUUAUAUAUGAAGUGUAUGAAAGGAGAUGAAAACAACCGCUUCUAUCAGUCAAGCCGCAUAUAAAAUUUCUGCGGAACUAAACUGUCUCUAAUUGUCUCUCCUUUCGAAUAUCCUUCAAUGCAGAACGUUGUCUGCGGGGUCUAUGGUGUCGGUCUUACAGCAUGAAAAUGAAAAACAAAUGUAUUGCGCUGACGUUACUGUAAUACACAAAUAUAUUGCACAAAUAAUAAAGAUUAUCCUAAA